CUUUUGCGUUAUACCAUCGAGUGGCUCCAAAGCUGCAAACCAUGAAAUGGCAUUCAAAGGCAAAACGGUCGAUUCAAAGCUUCAGGUUUAGUUGACUGGUGGCGCAUCCUGUCUUUCUGUCUCCGUCGCCCCACAGACCGUGCUGCUCAAUCUGCUGCUGUGCCUGCUCAUAUUUUACUCCCUUUUCUAUAUGAUCGGGAGUGUGUGCUUCGGCGCUUUCAGGUUGGAUCACUUUGACGGCCUGAUUCCAUUCGAUUUUAAAACUGAACCUGCUGAGUCUAACUCCAAAUACCUGGUCAACCUCCUCUCCUUGGAGCUGACCUACUUUUGUAGUGGCAUACUGUUUGCUGCAGUGGUGAAGAGGCGGGUUUGGGACUACGCCCUCACUGUCACACUUCUUCAUGUCAUGAUCACCAGCCUGGUGAUGUUGGAGUUUCCCACAGUGUGGCAGUGGUGGCUGGCUUUGGGUAGCGGCUUGUUUUUGAUGAUUUGCAAUGGUCAGCUGAUUGCUUACUUCACAUGUCAGAGUGAGCAGAGCUACGCCACCUUCAGCUACUACUGACAAGCUGGAAAGGAGGCAAAAAAUUAGGAUAACAUCAGCUCAUUUAAAUUAUUCUGUUAAAAGGGUUAAACUUGUGUUCAUAUACAUUCACUACACACAGAGUGAUCUAGUUCAAGCUUUUAUCACUGUUAAUUUUGAUGAUUAUGUUUUACAGUUAAUAAAAGCCCCAAAUUCUGUCUCUUAGAAAAUUUAAAUGUUACAUAAAACCAAUGAAAAGGAUUGUUAAAAUGUAAAAGACUGCUAGCAGACCCUCCAGUUUGGGGUAAGUCAACAAACAUCAUUGCGAGAGAAGCUGACUCCUCACAGACUACUGUAUUCAAGCAUAUCAAUGGAAAGUUUAGUGGAAAGAAAAUAGUAAUAGUAGAAAAAGGUGCAUAGGAAAAGGGCUGAUUACAGUGAAGUUAAGUGUUUGGUGGGAGAUUUACAAGACGUGAACAGUAGCUGAAUUCAGAGCUUCAUGAACUUCCACAGACAGGACAUGGGCUAUAACUGUCCUGUUCACAUGUGAAGUCACCGCCAAACCAGAAACAACAGAAACCUCCAAACUGGGUCAAAGAGAAAACACACUGGUCUAAGCAUGGUCUGGUUACUGGUAUUAAAGCUGCAGAUGGUAACUUUUAUAAAAAAUAUAUAUAUGUUUUUUACAUAUUUGUUGAAACUGUCACCAUGUUGUGGCUGUAUAAUAUGAGACUGAUAGUCUGUGAAAAAAUCAAACUCCUCUGCCUCCUCCCAGUGGUCCUACUGCUACCUGCAGAAAUUCUCAGCUCAGUCAGAAAAAAAACAAUCAGAACUAAGAGAAGGGGCUUAGCACUUUCAGUCAUGCUUGAGUAUGUGCUGCUCACAUGUUCCUCCACUGCCGUGAAUGCUCGGGCUAGUUAGCUUAGCCACAGAGGAUGGAUAAACAGUUUCCUGAAACAGUAAGUUGUUUCUCCGCCAUUCGCACAUUGAGCAGUGCGUACAUAAGGGUGAUGGACAUCGCUAAGACCCUCCUCUAGGCUCUGAUUGGUUGUUUUUGACUGAGCUGUGACUUUCAGAUAGCAGUAGGACCACUGGGAGGAGGUGGAGGAGCUUGAUUGACGAUCUGAAUUCACAGCUCAGUCAAAAACAACCAAUCGGAGCCCAGAGGAGGGUCUUAGCGAUGUCAAUCAACUUAUGUACGCACUGCUCAAUGUGCUCAUGGCAGAGAAACAACUUACUGUUUCAAGAAACUGUUUAUCCGACAUUUGUGGCUAAGCUAACUAGCCCGAGCAUUCACGGCAGUAAAGGAACAUGUGAGCAGCACAUACACAAGCUUGACUGAAAGUGCUAAGACCUUCCUCUUAGUUCUGAUUGGCUGUUUCUGAUUGGAGCAGAGCAUUUUUGCAGACGGCAGUAAGACCACAGUGAGAAGGCAGAGGAGCUAAACUUUUUUCACAUAUUAUCUGUCUCAUACUGUCACAACAUAGUGACAGUUUUAACAAAUAUGUUAAAAAAAAAUAUAUAUAUAUUUUUUAAAAUAAAAGUUACCAACUGCAGCUUCAAGGUUUUCCAAGGCUUCAAACAGUUAGUUUUAAAACGCCAAAGCUUUCUGUCAUACUAUUCUCAUCGUUUAUGGUUCUUACAGUGAGACGCCAGAGAAAGCAGUGGAGUAAUGGGACUUCUCUCUGGCUUUAAGGAUUAUAGAGGAACACCGUGCUCCCCUCCCCUACAUGUUGCUACACACUACCAGUUAGCAGCCUAAGAAAGGCUGAUUUGUUUUUCUUCACAGACAAUCAUGGUGGGGGUUCCUUUUGCUUGAUUUAUUUUAUGCAGUCUCUACUUUUGUGUUAAUAGUUUCCUUUCUGUCACUCGUCUCCAUUUUAUGGAUCUCAUGUGUCAUAUUUGCCUUUUGACAGCGAGCCGUUGAUUCUCUGUGACAGUGGUGCCUAAGUCCAGUCCUCGAGAUCUACCGUCCUAAAACUUUUAGAUUCCUCUCGUCUCCAGCACACCUGAAUCAAAUGCCUCGUUACCAGGCACCUGUAGAGCUAAAGGAUACUGACAAGCCAUUUGAUUCAAGUGUUAAAGAGAAGGGAUGUACAAGUUAUUUACUUUUAAAAAAAAAAAAUCUUUAUUUCUGGAGCUGUUAAAAUAUUGUAGUGAUUCUUCUAAUUUUAAUAAUGUUGGCUGUAUGUUUUAAGAAAAAGAUGUUACCAUAACAGUUCAGGUUUCUUGCAACCAAGCAGACUGUCUUCCUUGUAAGAGAAGGCCCUUCUGAGGCAGCUAACUAGCAGUGUGCAGAAACAUGUAGGGGAGGGGAGCACUGUGUUGUUUCCUUUUCUCCAGUGACCAGAGAAAAGUCCAGUCACUGCAGCCGUUUCUUUUGCAUCUCAAUAAAAAGACUUAAACACAGAGAAAAGUUUGACUGAAAAUGUUGGCAGUUCUGACACCGUAACUGUGAAAAACGUACCGGUAACUGGGCCAUGUCUAGUCCGGUUCUCGGUCUCUUAGCCUAGCUAAUGUUUCUGACACCGUUUUUGGUUUAGGAGCAGCUUAACACAUAGACUGAGUAGUAGCUCAUGUCCUGCAUCUUGAAGCAUUGAUUGAAUCUCUUGAACGAGCUGUUCUUCAUACUUUUUUAUUCCGCUAAAAUUUCAGUUAGUAUGCCGUGAUGCAGCACUGUGAGAGUAAUCAGCUUCCUUAGCAACAAUCUUUUGUGGAGGCUGUCAGACUGUCAGCACAGCAGUCUUCUUCAUGACCAACCGUGGUGCCCAACUCCAGUCGUUAAGGGUUACCAUCCUGCAACUUUCAGAUGCAUCCCUCCUCCAACACACCUGUAUCAAAUGAAUUGCCUCUGCAGAGCUGACUGCUGAUGAGGGGAUUCGGCUUUUUGAUUCAGGCGCGAUGGAGCAGGGAUGCAUGUAAAAGCUGCAGGACUGUAACCCUUAACGACCGGACUAGGGCUCCCCUGGUGAAGAGCGUGACAUUACAUUUCUAUACUGAAAAUUAUUGGUCUUAUGUAGUUUUCUGGGAAACAGAAUUUGGGGUUUUAAAUAUCUGUAAGCCAUACAUGUCAAAAUUAACAGGUAAAUAUUUAAAAUAGAUCACUGUGUGAUAAAUUAUAUUUUCUGAAUUAAUUUAACUUGAUAUUCAUAAACUGUUUUUGUUUUGUUUGUCACAACACAGAGGGCAGUGUGUAUUUUUGCUAAGAAUGGCAUUCAGCUGUGUUUGUAUACAAGUGCUAUGUAGAGAAGCUUUCCUGUUACAUUUGCAAUGCGCUCUGCUUCCGUCUUUAAGUAUGCAAUAUUAAAAAAGCCAGUAAGAUAAGAUGUAACUAGUGAAUGUAUUUGUAAGUGGGACCUGUGCAAUAAAGAAUGUAAACAUUUUUAUAUAAA